AUGACCCCCUCCGAAAUCUCCUCCCAAGCCACCUCCCCCGCCCACGAAGCCCGUCUCCUCUCCCGCCACAAUCUCCUCACCAACACCUCCGGCAUCGCCCCGGGCUAUUUGCAAGCGAACCUCAUCGUCCUCCCGUCCCGAUACGCAGAACACUUCCGCGCCCUUUGUGCCCGGAACCCGGUGUCCUGCCCACUGCUAGGCGUCACGCCGCGCGGCGAUCCGCACACCGUCCUGCCAGCAGGAUGCAUCAAAACAGCAGAGGACUUUGACAUCCGCACGGAUUUCCCCUGCUACCGCGUCUACGACAAGGGGAAAUGCGUCGCUACCAAGAAACCUGAUAUUAAAGACCUCUGGACACCAGACCACGUCGGGUUCCUGAUCGGCUGCUCCUUCUCGUUUGAAGAUGCCCUCGCCGCCGCUGGUCUAACCCCCAGACACCAGACCACCAACACCGUCGUCGCAAUGUACCGCUCGUCCAUCCCCGUCUUGCCAGCGGGUAUCUUUACGGACGCACAAUGCGUCGUCUCCAUGAGGCCCUACCGUCCUGAGGAUGUGGAGAAGGUGCGCGACGUGACGAGGCCGUUUCUUGCGACUCAUGGCGAGCCUGUUGCUUGGGGGUGGGAGGGCGCGAGGGAGAUUGGUGUGAGGGAUGUCGACAAGCCGGAUUUUGGACAGCCGCAGAGGUUUGAGGAGGGGGAGGUGCCUGUUUUUUGGGCAUGCGGCGUCACUCCCCAGCUCAUCGUCGAAUCGGCAGGCGACAAGAUCGAUGGCUUGGUGUUUGCCCAUGAACCGGGGCACAUGCUCGUUACGGACUGGACGACUGAGGAUUUGGACAGGCUACGGGCAGAGGUUGCUGCUGUUUGA